GUAAAUUGGCCACUUGGCUCUGUUCGAGUUUAUCGUCUUACAGAUUCAAGUGAAGCUCCUCGUUGUGAGUGUAAACCAAAUUCAGAAGACCCUUGUGGACCAUCUAGUAACUGUAUUAAUCGUGAAUUGCACUAUGAAUGUUUACCUAGUAUAUGCCCAAAUGGUGAUGCUUGUCGUAAUCAACGUUUUACAAAACGUCUUUAUCCUCCUCAACGACCUUUCUGGACUGGUGAUCAACGAG